CAAAUAAUCGAUAGCGUGCCGGUUCGUUUGUUUCUUAUACAGUGCAACCCCUGAUUUUGCCGCGCAAUACUUCCAGCUGCUACAGUCGUUUUCUUGUUGCCAAACAUAAACAAAUGGAGCAAAUCUGUGCAGCGUUGGAGCCGCAAUUUCCGUGUCGGGAAAUAGCUAUAACGACUUUGGGCGAACUUAUUGGCGACUGUGAAGAGGCCUAUCCACCUGUAAUCUAUGUUUUCGGCCACAGUGGGACAGGCAAAACAACAUUAAUUAACAGCUUCCUGAAACAAUGCCAGAAGCAGCAAAAAGUACGCAUUGCACAACUAAAUGCCAUAGAAUGUUAUACGACCAAGAUCAUGAUAGAGAAUGUGCUGGAUUCGUUGGCGGUGCAACAGUCGCCGGCCGACAAUAUGCUGGAAUUUGUGGAACAAUUGCGUUGUUUACACACGGCAGAAACGCAUGGCUUUCUUAUUGCCAUCGACAAUGCGGAAAGAUUGCGGGACAUGGACGCGAAUGUGCUUCCCGUGUUGAUGCGACUACAGCAGAUAACCAGUCUGAAUGUGUGUGUGCUACUGCUCUCCCAGCUGCCCUUUGAGAAGUAUUACAACAAGACGGGACUAAGUGAGAUUAUCACGCUUCACUUGGGCCAAUAUAACAAGGCGGAAACGUUGCGCAUUCUCAGCACCGACUUUGAUCAAGUGCGUCAGCAACUGCUACAGCAACAAUCACAGGAGCAACAGCAGCAGCAACGACUGGACAUUUGUGAGGCAGCCAUGACGCCAGAUUUUUAUAAUAAUUAUCUGAAUCUGUUUCUUAGCGUCUUCUACAAGGCUUGCCGUGAUGUGCCUGAAUUACGUCUGACGGCACGCAAGUGUUUUGGCAUCUACAUGGAACCGGUUCUCGAUGGCAGCGUGGAGUGCACGGAUGUGUCGCGUCUCUGGCGACACAUAGCUGGUCCAUUGCGUGCGGCCCUCACACAGAUCUAUAUGCGCAUUGAGAAGCCGCUGCUGGGUGAGACCGUCAUGGAGGAUCAAAGUGUACGAAAGUUAGCGCAGUCAUUAGAACUGCCCUACUAUGGAAAAUAUCUACUGAUUGCCGCCUUUCUCGCCAGUCACAACUCGGCCAAGCAGGAUAAGCGACUCUUUGUAAAGCAUCAUGGCAAGCAGCGCAAGCGAAUGCAGACAGUCAACGCCAGAGCCAAGAAUGCCGAAAAGAUGUCCACCACCCUGGGACCUAAAUCCUUUAGCAUUGAUCGCCUAUUAGCUAUUUUCUAUGCCAUACUCGAUGAGAAAGUGGGUCUCACUUGCAAUCUGCUGUCACAGAUCUCAACGCUGGUGCAUUUGAAGCUGCUCAGCUUUGUCUCUGGCGAGCAAAAUAUUAUGGAUGGUUCCGCCAAGUUACAGUGUACCGUUGGACUCGAGUUUGUACUCUACAUUGGCAAAGUCGUUGGCUUCAAUGUGCGGCAAUAUCUCUGUGACUUUAUGUAG